AUGCCGACUAAACGACCGGUGCCUUUGAGCGAUGCGGCUCUUGGACAUAAAGGUGAUACCAGCAGCGAGCUCGCAAUAGGCGAGACAAAUGCUGGUGUGCCUUUACCAGUCAAGAACACGUUCAUUGAUAUGCCAUCUGGCUUGACACCAGUGAACUCUCCGAGCAAAGAUGCCCACCCAUCGAGUACAGCGCCUGCCCAGGUUCAUCUGCGGGAGGGAUGGAUUGAUAGGGCGAUCGACCGGGGCAUCCUGGAUGCCGUGCAAGAGACAAUAGAUUCGCCGGCCAACGUGCCCACAGAUCCAGGUGUGCCUGGGCUGGCGUCGACAAGUUCCGCCCAGCGGCCCGGGGGCCUGGCGGCCAGUGCUCCGCUGAUGACACCGUCGCCGACUGGUCAAUCGAUGUUCGGAGAAUCAAGGUAUCAGCUGUUUGGAGGGCCCCCGCCGCCAAUCCAAGAAGCUCCAUUGGCAGCUCCUGGCCACGAGCUGGGCCAGCGCCUGCACGGCACCCCGGCUCCUGGUCUUGGCGAGCCUCUGCUGCUGUCGGUACCUCCGCCCAGUCAGGCACCUCCUCCGCAACAUCUUCCUUUGUACGCUGGAGGCUUUGGCGGAGCCCCGCCUUACUACGACUACAACUACCUUGGACCCCCAGGAGCACGAAUAUCCGAGCCUUUUGGAGUUCAAGAUUUUGCUCGUCGGAAUUCGCUGGAAAAAGACAGUGAUGAUGACGACGAUUCAGAGGCUGAGCGACAACAGGCAGCGCUGGCAGCUGCGGGCAUGACCGCCGAGAAUGCACCCAAGCCGCCACCUGGGGCGGAACACCCGUCACUGGGAUCAGCUUUUCACGACAGUGGGAGCUGCAAAAGAUGCUGCUUCUAUCCGCGAAACAGGUGUCUGAAUGGGUACGAGUGCGAAUUUUGUCACUACGAGCACGAGAAGCGGAAGAGGAAAAACAAAAAGAAUAAGAAGAAGAAGGCUGGUGAGCACAUUGAGGAGUACUACUCGGCCGAUGCUGUUGCGCACAUGACUGACCUCCCUUGGCCAGCACCGGCACCCCAUGCACCCCUCGCACCCCUGCCCUUGCCACUCCCCCAAGCUGUGCCACCCGAAUAUCCCGAGUACGUGGAUGGACCGCUGACAUACCAGUGGACCGAUGGUACAGUUGGACAAACCCCCGCCCCACCAAUCAUCCCAGGCUAUGAGCACUUGGUAACAGCUGCAGUCUCAAGGGUGCAACGAACACCUGCACCUCACAGGGAAGGACCUGCACUCGCAACCAAUCCCCCGCCCAAUCCCAACCAUUACGAUUCUUAUGACCGGACCAGCCCGGGCUAUCAUCCCUACGAUGUGCCGCCUGCUGGCCCGGCUUACCGCCACCCCCCACCACAACCCGUACCCCACCCGGUGCCACCACAUCCCCACCCACCACUGCCUGGCCUAGAUCCAGCUGCGGCGCCCUGGCACCCGCCAGCCACAGCUCCGUUCCCAGCAACCAACGGCGCGCUGCGCCAUCCACGGCCAGACCUCAUGUCCUACCCCCCGCCGGCCACGGUUCCACCGGAUGAACCAAGGCCGGUGGUGAGCGAGGAACUGGGCACCGAUCCCAGACCCUUCGAUCUGUUGACUGUAGGCCCACAGACCCCACAGCCCGGAAAGCCGAUGCCCAUUAAGGUGGAAAAGGUUGCCGGCCAGACCGGUCAGGGAGACGGCCCCAAUAUGCCGCCACCCGACCAAUCACCCAAGCUGAGCAGCGAUCUCAUGGCCUCCCUGCAGCAGGAUCCGCCCCCGCCGGAUGAAAGCCCCACGUGA